UACUGACGCAACUGAUGACAUGAAGAGCAUACUGAUGAUGUCAUUUGGAUCUAAAUGGAAAGAAUCAAAGCAUGAAGCAAAAACCAUUGGAUAUGACCCAUAUAACACUGAUAUUGUGCAUUUAGCUCAUUGUCCAGACAGAGUUGAAGAAGAUCAGUGGCGUUCAUUAGUUCAUUAUUGGAGCUCAAAAGAAGCAAAGGAAAAGAGUGAGAGAAACAAAGAAAGUCGAAAAAAAUUGACUAUGCCACACACAUCAGGGAGAAAAAGUCAUUCUCAAAUUAUAGACGAUAUGACAAAGAUGAAUAAUGGUGUAAAGCCAACUCGUAUUGAGGUGUUCAAAAAAACUCACAUUAGAGCGAAUAAACAACCCGUAAAUGAGAUAGCUGGUGAAGUUAUGAAACAAAUGGAUGAUCUUGCCGAGGUGUAUCCUGAGUUUAAUGUCCCUGGAAGUGCUCCUAAUGAUGUAUACGCCCAAGUAAUGGGAUCAGACACUCAUGGAAUUGGCCGAACUCUAGGAAAAGGAGCAUCUCCUAGCUUAGUAUAUGGCCCCGUAUAUAAACGAUCUCAGGCUGAAAAAAGAGAUUUUGAUACAAGGGUUGAGAUGGAAGUUCAAAAAGCUACCUCAGCUACGAAAAUUGAGAUGACAGAGAAGAUGUAUGAAGCAAAAAAAGAGAUGAAAGCGAUGGAUAAAAAGUUCUUGGAAGCGAAAGAGGAAGCAAAAGAGAAUAAAGAAGUGAUGGAGAGAAAAUUAUUGGAAGCAAAAAUGGAUAUGGAAGAAAUUAUAGCGGAUAAAGUGAAGGAAGGAAUACAAGCAUAUGUAGAGUCUUUGGGAAUUAAUAUUGAUGCAAAUUUAAAAUCAGAGCAGGUUCCUGAUAACCCACUUGAAGAUUGUCAACAACCAUCAUCACUUGUUCCAGGUGUUCACACAAGAAAGGCUAACAUGAUCAAGAAGACUGGAACUACCGUAGUUGGCACAAAUAAAAAGAAGUGGAAUUUUUAAGGAAAUUGAGGUCAAGUAUCGACUUCAACAUGCGCGACUUUUGGAUUGAUGAUUUCAUAAAUAUUUAUUGCAAAUAUAUUGGAGAUUUUAAUUUCAUUUGAAUUAGGAGUUAAUUAGUUGGUUUUAUGUUGAGAUUAUUAUAUUUAGUUAGAUCUCAGUUUUACUUGAGAUAGAA